GGUGCGGAUGAGGACCUGUAUGCGCAUACAGCAUGAGAACUGGUGAUUACAUCUGCGUGACUUUGCAAGGUGGUGGGCCCUGGGGGUUCACCCUGGAAGAGGUCCUGGUGGGCACUGACACAGCGAUACUGGUUUCACAGGUGGAGGAAGGCGGCCGUGCUUCCCGGGCUGGCGUACGUGAAGGUGACGAGAUUGUGUCCCUGAACGGAGAGCCGUGUGCCGGCGUGACGUUCCGGCAGGCCCGCACCCUCGUCAACGCGUCGGAAGGCUGUUUGCGGCUGCUCAUCAAGAGAUCGAGAGACGAGAAGGAACCUUUAAAGCUGAGGGAGCUCUACACAUCCGAAUCCCAGGACGGGAUUUCUGAUGGAGACCCGCACGGGGAUCCUGGUGAUACGUCCUCGCUGUCCCUUUCCUUGCAGACCUCGGACAACAUGAGCCGUACCUCUUUGGGAAGAGCACACGGUGUCGAGGGGGAGCGUUGCACCGGCGGCGCCACAUGGGAGGCCCCUCCGUCCCCCGUCCGAAAGCCGCUCAGCCAGCACGGUGUGGUGCGAGGCAAGGAGCCGGCAGCAUCAGCAUCACCGAGGAGGGGCAUCCCGAGCCACGGGGUGGGAGGCCCCGGACUGAGCGCCGGAUCCCAAGGCGCGGGAGGAGGGCCCUGUGAGCUUCCCGGCUCUUUUAGCGUCGCUUUCCAGAUCCCCUCAGAUGAGGGAACGCCCACCGAGGAGCAGGAUUCCGAUUCCGAUCAGGAGAAACCCAACAAGCACCGAGCGAGACACUCCAGGCUCAGGCGCAGCGAGAGUCUGUCCGAGAAGCAGGUGAAGGAGGCCAAGUCCAAAUGUAAGCGGAUCGCCCUUUUGCUUAGCGCCGCGCAGCCCAAUCCCAACAACAAGGGCUUGUUGAUGUUCAAGAAACACCGCCAGAGAGCAAAGAAGUACACCUUGGUGAGCUACGGCACCGGCGAGGACAACCAGCGAGACGACAGCACCGAAGAGGACGAAGAGGACGCUCCAGGGGGAGUCCAUGUUGUUGAGUUCACUCUCACUGAUCGAGACCGGUCGGAUUUAGAGACUCGUUUCCUCACGAAUGCCCGCAGUGGCAAAGGCGUCCUGACGAUCUGCUUGGAUAAAAGCCUCCUUGACAUUGAGCAGAAGCAAACUCAGAUGGAGUGUUUGCCCGAAACCAAGGGCAAAGGCGCCCUUAUGUUCGCCCAAAGGCGCCAGCGAAUGGACGAAAUUGCCGCCGAGCAAGAAGACCGGCGCCAAGCGGGGUCCGUGGAAGCGGCGCAGAAAGUGGAAACGGCUUACAUGCGGUCCGCCGGGGAGGACCACGCAUACAUGGACGCGAACCUGCACCAGCAGCAGCAGUACCAGCAAUACCAGCAGCAGCAGUACCAACAACAACAGCAGCAGUACCAACAGUAUCAGCAGCAGCAGCAGUACGAGCAGCACCAAACGUAUCCCCAAGGUCAGCACGGCCCGCUGCAACAGCAAAGUUCUUCUGGCAAUCGCACCGCAAAACCCUUUCUGACCCAGAACAUGGCAGCGACACCUUACUCUCCUGCAAUGAGCGGGACUAAUCAAUAUCCGACAGUCCAAGGAGAGCAGAUCGCCUCCCGAGAUGAGCGCAUUUCCACACCCGCAAUCAGGUCGGGCCUUCUGGAUAACAAAAGAAAAAACCUUGCCAAGCCCAUGUUCACAUUUAAAGAGACGCCCAAGAUGUCACCUAAUCCCGAGCUGCUGAACCUCCUCAACAUGAGUAAGAAGAAGAUGGGUUUCGAUCCAGAGGAAGACUACCUUAGCCUCGGUGCAGAGGCUUGUAAUUUCCUCCAGUCUUCGCUGUCGAAACAUAAGACUGCUCCGCCGGUGGCACCAAAGCCGCUGAUUGAUCACAGCUCUGCCCCCUGGUCUCCGCAGAUGGAAGUCACCAACCAGGAAAUGCCUCAGCAUGCUGAAAAUAGUUUCUCCACACCUGCUAUAGCCCCCACCGCAGAGACCACCCCUUCAAGUGACCAAGAGCCAACCUCUACUGUGAUGCCCGCCGGGUCAUCGCCCCCAAGAGCCCACCUGGAAGCGCCGGCCUCCGCAGAGCAACAACAAACUUGGCCUCCUUCAGUGGCAGAAAUCCAACAAGUCGUCGCACAAGAGGGAAACAGUUAUGUCCGCUCUUCUCCGCAGCCUGAGACCAGCGUUGGAAGGAUUUGGGAUCCUGCACAAGCACAGGUGCAGCCCCAAGAGCCGCCCCCGAGUCAGUCCUCUCUACAGCCACAGUGGUCGACGCCUCAACCCACUCACAGUCAAGCGCAGUCUCAGCCCCCUGUCAGUACCUGGUCGCCUCAAAUUCAAGCCUCCUGGAACCAAGCAGAGCAAGCACAGCCAGACGCUCAACCGGUCUGGUAUCAAUCACAAGAACCAACGCAGUCUCAAACACAGCCAAACUGGACUCAAAGUCCGGAGCCGCAAAUGCAGCCGGGCUGGGAGCAGCAGCAGCAGCAGCCACAGGCUUCCUGGGCCCAGCCUAUACAAGCAGAGCCUCAACCAACCUGGACACUGGCCAAACCCCAAUCAGAAGGUCCUUGGGUUCAGCCAGAAUCCCAGCCACAACCAGCGUGGGGUCAACCAGCACAGCAACAAGCCUGGCCAGAGACCCAAGCACCAGAUCAACAUUGGGCUCCAGUUCAGGCUCAAGCACAAGUUAGUACCUGGCCUGCAUCAGAACCCUCUUGGACCCAAACGGCCCAAGCACAACCACAGACGCAGCCUCCAGCUAGUUUGAAUCAAUGGGCGGCGGUUCCCGCCCAGCCUCAGCCAUCUUGGGCCCAGCAACCUCCAGAACAGGUACAGCGUCCCGCUAAUUCCUGGAGCCCCGAGCAACGCCAGCAGUCCUGGGACCAGUCCUUCCGUCCGCAGCCACAGCCAACCUGGCAGCAAGCGCCUUUGAAAACAACGCCGCAGCCGCCGAUAAAUGCGUGGCCAGCGGCCCAACCUCAAACCCCGGCCUGGGGAUCGCAGUCCCAGCAAGCACAUGCGGCCAACACUCCGCCUUUGCCCAAGCCUUGGAGUACUCAACAAAACCGGGGCCCGCAGCGAAUCAACGCCUACACCCCUGGCCAGAAAGUUACACCCCCCGUCAUCAACCCCUUGGCCACCGUCUUGAACCCAUCACUAGCCGGUUCCGCUUACGAGAUGCCGGCCGUCCGAGGCAAAGGAGCCGACAUGUUCGCCAAGAGGCAGUCUCGUAUGGAGAAGUACGUGGUGGACUCGGAGACCGUGCAGGCCAACAUAGCCAGUCGAUGCACAUCGCCAACCGCCUCCUUACCAAACGAGUGGAAGUACACCCCUAACGUACGUGCUCCGCCCUCACGGGGUUUCAAUCCCAUCCAAUCCCCCUCUUAUCCCCCGGCCGCGUCAAAGCAACCACCUUCUAGCGGCCCUGCGUCCAAAGCCAAGAAAAAAGGCAAACAGGGUCCUCCCCCGAAACCGCUCGAUGUAGUCGACGUUAUGAAGCAUCAACCCUACCAACUUAGCGCCUCGCUCUUUACGUACGGGCCCGCAGCAGAAGCUGCCAAGGAGCCUGCUCCUAAACCUGCCUCGACACCCCAAAACCAGCAAACGGCCCCAGUUCAGUCAGCUGCAUUUAGCGCGUCGUACCCCCAGCAGGCCUACAAUGGCCAAUAUCAGCCAACCGCUAACACUGAUCCUCACCAGCAAUCUUCUGCUGGUCCUUAUUGGCAAGCAGAUAACCAACAAAGCCCUCAAUUGGCCAGCCCCCAGUACCUGCCCCCACAGGUGGCCUACCAAUCAGGAGGUAGUCCGCCUUACCUUUCCUCGGCAACAAUAGCUUUCGCACAGCUGCCACCUGCUAACGUGGCGCCAAGUUUCCCUGUAGCGUCACCGCCGGGCUCCACAGCCAGCGGUAACACCGGCGCGGCGCCGAAACCAAAGUUUACGGCUAAAAAAAGCAGCGCUCAGGUGUGGAAACCCACGAUCGCUGAAAAAGAGUGAUUCUCACCCCCUUUUAAUUUGCGUGUAAUUUUCAUGUUGAUUGGAAGAAUUCGUAUUUGAGAAGUUAAAACUCCAAAGUAAGCAGGUGAGUUGAACAGAUAACAAUCGAGGGAAGAAAAAUGGACUGGGCCGUAUAUUAAAUAAAUAUAAAUCUCAGGUUGCAAAUCAGUAGGACACCGUCAAAGCUCAAAGGUAAAAAAAAAAAAAUGAAUCGUUUGAGUCGAUUCGCCCUGCAGCACUUGGCUCGUGUCAAUUUAUUUUAAGCUUUUUUGGGGUCAGCUGUUGCAUCAUGCUGGCUGUUAUAUUUAAACCGAUGUGCGGGAUAGGCGGCUUGAAUUUCAACUUGAGCCACUGUCAGCCAGAUUAUUUAUUAUAUGUACAACAUACAAAAAAUGAUGUUCUUACAUUCAUUUUAUUUUCUGUUUGCUCCUCAGCGGCUAUGUUUUUCUUGUUUUGUUCCCCCCCUUCCCUUUUCUCCCCCCCCUUUUGUGUGUUUCUUUCUUGACACUGUGCACUUUCUGUACGAUUCACUGCAGUGCCAUUAAAACAAACUCGUUACCCUUC